AUGGGAUCAUGCUCAUCUAGCCAAAGCGAAGAAGCACAUCGCUCUGCUAAUAUUGACAAGUUGUUGAAGGAGCAGAGUCAUGCUGCGAAACGGGAAGCAAAGAUAUUGUUGCUUGGUGGUGGUGAGAGCGGAAAGAGCACAAUAGUGAAACAGAUGAAGAUCAUACAUCAGAAUGGAUACUCGGUGCAGGAACUACAGGCAUUUAAACCAACAAUAUUCAAAAACAUUACCGAGUCGAUAUUUACAUUGAUUGCUGGUGUGUAUGGGAUGAAUUUGCAGUGGGCUGCUGCUGAGAAUCAGGCUGCAGCAGAACGCCUCACAAAAUCACGUAAAGAAAUGGAACAAAACGCGUCCUUUUCACCACAAAACCUUGACGAUAUGGAAUCGAUAUGGAAGGAUGGGAUACGACAGUCGGUUAUGGAUGCUCAGAAUCACGAGUAUUAUAUUAUUGAUUCUGCUUCCUAUUUCAUGGCCAACAUAAGGAGGAUUUCGGAAACGACAUAUACGCCAACGGAACAAGACGUGUUACGAGCACGUUCGAAAACGGAGGGGAUGAUUGAUACGUUCUUCACAAUGGGUCCUUUGAGGAUACAUAUGUUUGACGUCGGUGGUCAAAGGUCUGAGAGAAGGAAAUGGAUACACUGCUUUGAAGCCGUGACGUCUAUAAUAUUCUGUGUUGCGCUAAGCGAGUAUGAUAUGACGUUGAUCGAAGAGCCUACACAGAAUCGAAUGAUGGAAUCUCUAACACUCUUUGAAUCCGUGGUUAACUCGCGCUGGUUUUUACGAACAUCAAUAAUUCUCUUUUUAAAUAAGGUGGAUGUGUUCAAGGACAAACUCCCACGAAUCCCUCUAUCAAAACACUUUCCAGAAUACACUGGCGGGUCAGACGUAAAUACAGCAGCCAAAUUCAUUCUGUGGAGAUUUUCACAAAUGAAUCGAGCCAAUUUGAAUAUCUUUCCACAUCUGACGCAAGCUACUGAUACUGCUAAUAUAAGGGUUGUGUUUGCUGCUGUUAAACUUACUGUCAUGCAGAAUGCCUUAAAGGAUACCGGAAUACUCUGA